CUGAAGCAACCAUUCUUACCAAAAUCUUUGCCGUAGGUCCAUGAAACACAUGUCGAUAACGGUGUCGCAGUCACGAAACAUGGCUGGUCAUGUUGUGGCACCAUAUUAGCUCUGCGUGCUAAAGAGCAUGUGGGGCUCCAAUGAUGAGCGCGCAACUAUCUCAUCUCAUCACAUCGCUUCCUCCAACAUUCCUUCAUCAACACCAUCACAUAUCGUCGCAUCGACAUCGUGUCUUACCGCAGGUCUCAUGAUCGUAUUGUACCUGAUACAGACUGCUGCGCCUGCGCCCGUCACACUCGACAACAGGGCUGCAUGGAGCACGAGCUCCGGAAGGCAGGGGCUGUUACGUAUGCUGCCGCGCAGACAUCACUAUGCAUCGAGUUGAAUCCAAGCCAACGCGCUACUUCACGAGGUCAGUCAUUAUUCGCCCAGGUUACGCAAAUUAUCUACUACACUAGAAGGCGUCGAAAAAAGCCAUCGAAUACCUAUAGCAGGGCAAGCG